AUGGCUCCAAAAAGAGUCCUCAUUACCUACGGCGUCGAUGUUGACGCUGUAGCCGGUUGGCUUGGGUCAUACGGAGGCGAAGAUUCCACCAAUGACAUCAGCCGAGGAGUGUGGGCCGGCACAGUCGGUACCAGAAGGCUUUUGAAGCUGUUUGAUAAGUAUCAAAUCAAGACGACGUGGUUUAUUCCGGGCCAUUCGCUCGAGACUUUCCCAGAGGAUAUGGCUGCAGUUCGCGAUGCCGGUCACGAGAUAGGGCUUCACGGAUACUCCCACGAAAACCCGACUGACAUGAGCAUCGAGCAACAGCGUGAUGUCCUAGACAAGACCUAUAAGAUGCUGACUGAAUUUGCGGGCAAGCCCCCCCCGUGGUGGGAAACAAGCCAAGAAGGCGCCCAGCUACUACUUGACUACGGAAUUGAAUAUGACCAUAGUAUGAGCCAUGAGGACUGCCAGGCUUAUUAUCUGCGAACUGGUGACAGCUGGACCAAAAUUGACUACAGCAAAAAAGCUGAGGAUUGGAUGAAGCCCCUGGAACGUGGCACGCAGACUGGCCUAGUGGAGAUUCCUUCAAAUUGGUACAUUGACGAUCUGCCCCCCAUGAUGUUCAUCAAGAAAGCUCCCAAUAGCCAUGGCUUUGUCAAUGCACGUGAUGUUGAGGAUAUAUGGCGAGACCACUUUGACUACUUCUAUCGGGAGUACGAUGAGUUCAUUUUCCCAAUCACUAUCCAUCCAGAUGUCUCGGGUCGACCGCACGUUAUUUUGAUGCAUGAAAGGCUUAUUGAACAUUUCAAGAAGCAUGAUGGAGUUGAGUUUGUGACUAUGGAGCAAGUCUGUGAUGAGUUCAAGAAGAAGAACCAAGCGCCACCUGGAGCCCUGAUGCCAAAAUCUGUGAAAAGACCCUAG